AUUAAUGAUUUGACGUUUGCGAUUUAAUAAUUUUUCACCUAGGGUGAUUGAACCUAUAUAAUUUACCCGGUGAUAUCACCUCAUUAUUAAAUUUGUACAUUUAAUUUUAUUGGCUAAUUAAUGAGCUGAUCAUUUUAUAUUUUGAAUUCAUUCUUUUUAGGUCUUUCGGUUCUUCUUUGUAAUUACUAUUAGGUAUGUUUUUUAUUUUUUUAUUUUUUGUUUAUUUAUUACAUGUAAUUUCCAUUCCCUACAAACUUUAUUUCUCUUUUAGUUUUAUGGGUUUUGUUAUUACUUGGUCCCCCUGUUUAUCUCAUUUCGUCCCUUCUCCACUUUUGUUUUCUUUUUAUCUCUUCAUCUCUUUUGCUCUUUUAAGUCUUUUUAUUCUUCCCUUCCUUCAUUUUUUCCAUUGUUUUUUAUUUCCUCUUUGUUCCUUCGUCUUUUUUGCUCCUUUACACUAUCCUUUGUCAUUUUCAUUUUUUUUCCAUUCCCACUUCUCUUUACACUACCCUUUGUUCCUUUCAUUUUUUUAUUCUCUUUGCUCCAUUUCGUCCCCCUCCAUUCUUUUUCAUUCCCACUUGAUCUUUUUCAUUCCCCCUUUGUUUCUUUCAUUCCCUUUUACUCUCCUUAUUUUUUCAUUCACCCUCAUUUUUUUGAUUAAUUUUUUAUUAAUUAUAAACUUUAUAAUUAUUUCUUAUUUUAUAUUGCGUCAAUCUUAAACUUAUAACCAACUUAAAAAAAAUAUUUGAAUAAUUAAAUGUAUUAGAAUCUAUUCAUUUCAUUUAUUAUUAUUCUUUUGGUACUUAAUUUAUCUAAACCAGAAUUAAAAUCUUUAUUCAAAA